AUGCAGGAGCUCAUCUGGAGGAACCAAAGUUCUGUGUCUGAAUUCAUCCUCCUGGGCUUCUCAAAGGAGCCUCAGAGCAGGCUGAUUCUCUUCACCUUCUUCUUCCUUCUCUAUCUCAGCACCCUUUUGGGUAAUGGACUCAUUAUCACCCUGAUCUACCUAGACUCCCGUCUUCACACACCCAUGUAUUUCUUCCUCAGUGUCCUCUCCCUACUGGACAUGAGUUAUGUCACUACCACUGUACCCCAAAUGCUAGCAAAUUUGGUCCACCCAAGGAAGACCAUCUCCUACACUGGGUGUGUGGCUCAGAUGUUCAUCUUCCUGGUACUUGGCAUUGCUGAAUGCAUCCUCUAUGCCAUCAUGGCCUAUGACCGAUAUGUUGCCAUCUGCCAUCCCCUCCACUACACCCUCAUCAUGAACCAUCUCACCUGUGCUGUUAUGGCUGCCAUCUGCUGGGCUAUUGGUCUACUUGGGGCUCUGGUCUACACUGUUUUCACCAUGCACCUGCCCUAUUGUGGCCCCAAUGAAAUCAAUCAUUUCUUCUGUGAGGUCCCUGCAGUUCUGAAGCUAGCCUGUGCAGACACAUCUCUCAAUGAUCAGGUGGAUUUUUUCCUGGGUUUUAUCUUGUUGCUAGUCCCGCUGUCCCUGAUCCUGGCCUCGUAUACUCGCAUCUUUGCUGCCAUCCUGAGGAUCCGUUCAACUCAGGGGAAGCUCAAGUCGUUCUCUACCUGUGCCUCCCACAUCACUGUUGUCAUCAUGUUCUAUGGACCAGCAAUGGUUAUGUACAUGAGGCCUGGCUCCAAGUCCUCUCCUGAGCAUGACAAAAAGCUGGCUCUCUUCUAUAAUGUGGUCUCUGCCUUUCUCAACCCCAUCAUCUACAGCUUAAGAAACAAGGAUGUGAAAGGAGCCUUUCUGAAAGUCAUAAUUAAAAAGGAUAUCCUCCAAUGA